AUGUAUCAUCAACAGACAAAUUAAAAAGCUUGAUCAUAGUUGACAAAAAAAAAAAAAAGGCAGCAUCUGAAAGAAAAAUGGCGAGGACGACGCGAGAAAGAGUGAAAUCGUUCAUAAACAAUAGAUGGCUUGUGUUUGUUGCGGCCAUGUGGAUUCAGUCUUGCGCUGGCAUCGGUUACUUGUUCGGCAGCAUCUCUCCUGUCAUCAAGAGCUCCCUCAACUACAACCAGAAGCAGCUCUCCAGGCUCGGUGUCGCCAAAGAUCUCGGCGAUAGUGUCGGCUUCCUCGCUGGUACUCUCUCCGAGAUCUUGCCUCUCUGGGCCGCUCUUCUUGUCGGCUCUCUCCAGAACCUUGUCGGCUAUGGCUGGGUUUGGCUUAUCGUCACCGGUCGAGCUCCCAUUCUUCCCUUAUGGGCUAUGUGUAUCCUCAUUUUUGUUGGGAACAACGGGGAGACCUACUUCAACACCGCUACAUUAGUAUCUGGUGUUCAGAACUUUCCCAAGAGUCGUGGUCCUGUGGUCGGUAUUCUCAAGGGGUUUGCUGGGCUCGGCGGUGCCAUUCUCUCCCAGGUAUACACGAUGAUCCACUCCUCUGACCGUGCAUCACUCAUCUUCAUGGUUGCUGUUGCCCCAUCAGUUGUUGUUGUUCCUCUCAUGUUCUUCAUCAGACCCGUCGGUGGUCACAGGCAGAUCCGUUCUUCCGAUGCCACCAGCUUCACCAUCAUCUAUGCCGUCUGCAUUCUACUUGCUGCCUAUCUCAUGGCAGUGAUGCUUGUUGAAGAUUUCAUUGAUCUUAGCCAUUCAAUCAUCACUGCUUUCACCAUUGUCUUGUUUGCAAUUCUUCUUGUACCCAUCUUCAUACCAAUCGCAACGAGUUGCUUCACAGCAUCAACCAACCCGUGUGACACGCUCGAAGAACCUCUCGUUGGAAAUCAGCAAAGCCAGGAUCCAGGACAGUCCACCACCCCUGACCAUGGUCCUGAGCUUAUACUGAGCGAAGUGGAAGACGAGAAACCAAAAGAAGUAGAUUUGCUUCCUGCAUUGGAGAGACAUAAGAGAAUUGCUCAGUUGCAAGCAAAGCUGAUGCAAGCAGCUGCAAAGGGUGCUGUUCGGGUCAAGAGACGGAGGGGGCCUCACAGAGGCGAAGAUUUUACUUUAACUCAGGCACUCGUGAAAGCCGAUUUCUGGCUCAUUUUCUUCUCCCUCUUGCUCGGUUCUGGUUCGGGUCUAACGGUAAUAGAUAACCUUGGGCAGAUGAGUCAGUCUCUCGGUUACGAUAACACUCACGUUUUUGUGUCCAUGAUUAGCAUUUGGAACUUCCUUGGACGCAUUGGUGGCGGAUAUUUCUCCGAACUCAUCGUCAGGGACUAUGCGUACCCAAGACCGGUUGCUAUAGCAGUGGCUCAGCUUGUAAUGUCAGUAGGACACAUCUUCUUUGCAUACGGAUGGCCUGGAGCUAUGCAUAUCGGCACACUAUUGAUUGGACUCGGCUAUGGUGCUCACUGGGCCAUCGUCCCAGCCACUGCCUCUGAGCUCUUUGGUCUAAAGAAGUUUGGAGCUUUAUACAAUUUCCUGACGCUGGCCAACCCAGCAGGGUCAUUAGUCUUUUCGGGUCUAAUCGCAAGUUCCAUUUAUGACCGCGAAGCAGAGAGGCAAGCACAAGGAUCCUUGUUCAAUCCUGACGACGUCCUGAGAUGCCGGGGUUCCAUCUGUUACUUCUUGACGUCACUGAUAAUGUCUGGAUUCUGCCUCAUUGCAGCCGCCUUGAGUAUGAUUCUUGUGCAACGUACCAAAUCGGUUUACACAAAUCUCUACGGCAAAACCCGCAGCUGAUUUUAAGAUACCAUAUUACGAAAAUAUCCCACCAAGAAAAAAGCUGGGUUCUUUGAGUUUCAUACCUAUGAUUGUGUUCAUCACCUUAUUCUUUGGCUUGGUCUUCCACUUCCCCAUACAUGUGUAUUUGUUUAUGUAACGAUUUUUUGUCCGGUGUUGUGUAUGGAUUUUGGAUUUACAUUUGUAAUAAUUAUCUUCACAUUAU